UUGCUUCUCUCGAUCUUUGAUCACAGCGGUGAAAUAUUUUUGCCGUAAGACUUGUUCAACGUCGGGGAAAAAUACGGCGUUAUGCUGUUUUACUAACUGAAUUAUAUAUAUUCAAAAUUGGGUGUUGGCAAGCAGACAUGGCAACUCAAAUAAGCUUUAUUCUUUUCGCUCUUGUCUUAAGUAAAGGUUAUGGAUUUCAAGACGGUUACACAAUGGAGCAAGCCCAGCAAAGGGAGCCAAUGGCGGUGUAUCCAAACCCAGGUGAAAUUACUUUCAAACUCCACGAGAAAUGGGACGAGAAUCUGCUGAACGAGAACACGCCGAUGUUUAAAAUACUGGAAGGAAACGUGAAGAAAGCAGUCGCUGAUGUUGUCGGAGGCGACAAAGAAAUCUCGAAUAUCUAUUUCAGACGAGGAUUCCUGGGAAUAGAGACAAAUCAACCAAUCACUGUCGCGCAUCUGAUGGUGAAUGGUGGAUCUGAUGCUGCUGGCUUACUGGACGAGGCCGUUCGACCUGACGACUCCCUUGGUGAUGGUUUGAAAGUUUUCAAAGGCUCAUUCAACGCUUAUUGAAGAAACUCUCAAUAAACAAAAUGAAAAGAUGUGCCAUAUCAAAUCUUUCCCAAUCAAGUUACGGAUAUGCAACUUGCCAACAAAUGACCAUUUGUAUGGAGCCUAUUUGCUACAAUGUCAUGGCGUCAUGUAAAUGUUUUGCUACUUUACUGCAAGGAUUUUUCACCAGAAAAAAUGCUUAGAGUCCUAGUCAACGUUUUAAAUUAAACAAUAAAGUUGUUUGCACAUGCCUUCUUCUA